CUCCUUUCUGCCUCCUCUGGGUUGCUCUCUGGAGUUCCUGUGUGGCAGGCUGAGGUAUUCCAAGGAAAUAGAAAUGGGAGAGGCAUAGAAAGUAUGACCGGUCAUUCCACUUUGCUGGUUGUGUGUUUGGGGGCUGGGGGUGAGGGGCGCAACCACAGCGCCACUAAUCGGUGUCAGCCCCUUCAUUCCGAGUAAUGGGGUGGAUCUCUCUUAAAGGCGCCCCAUAUCCGGCGCGCACCCUGUUCCCUCCACCACUCCAGGGGCAGUGCGACAAGCCAGUGAGCGACUCAAAUCUAAAGCAGAGCGCGUCCCAGGACUUGAGUGCGGGAGGCGAACGAAGCCAGGGUCAUUCGACAGCACCUCUCUCGGCUGCAGGCCGGAGCGGGGUACCAUCCUACACCCUGGGUGCUCGCUCCUCCUCCCGUCCCCCGCGCACUCCUGCUCUGGCUCUUGGAGCUCGGCAGUCUCGCUGGGGCGCUGCAGCGAGGGAGCUGCGCCUGCACCAAGACCGGGACGGCUGCGGGAGCUCCAGCUGCGUCCGCUUUGGUGACACCAUGAACGGAUCAGGCAGCCAGGGGUCGGAGGACAGGAGCCAAGAAGGCGGUGGCGGCGGCUGGCAGCCCGAGGCGGUCCUCGUUCCCCUGUUUUUCACGCUCAUCUUCCUCGUGGGCACCGUGGGCAACACGCUGGUGCUGGCGGUGCUGCUGCGUGGCGGCCAGGCGGUCAGCACCACCAACCUGUUCAUCCUCAACCUGGGCGUGGCCGACCUGUGUUUUAUCCUGUGCUGCGUGCCUUUCCAGGCCACCAUCUACACCCUGGACGACUGGGUGUUUGGCUCACUGCUCUGCAAGGCCGUUCAUUUCCUCAUCUUCCUCACUAUGAACGCCAGCAGCUUCACGCUGGCCGCCGUCUCCCUGGACAGGUAUCUGGCCAUUCGCUACCCGCUGCACUCCCGAGAGCUGCGCACACCUCGAAACGCGCUGGCGGCCAUCGGGCUCAUCUGGGGGCUAGCACUGCUCUUCUCCGGGCCCUACCUGAGCUACUACCAGCAGUCGCAGCUGGCCAACCUGACGGUGUGCCACCCAGCAUGGAGCGCACCUCGACGUCGCGCCAUGGACCUCUGCACCUUCGUCUUUAGCUACCUGUUGCCAGUGCUGGUCCUCAGCCUGACCUAUGCGCGCACCCUGCGCUACCUGUGGCGCACAGUGGACCCAGUGGCUGCGGGCUCAGGUUCCCAGCGCGCCAAGCGUAAGGUGACACGGAUGAUCGUCAUUGUGGCGGUGCUCUUCUGCCUCUGUUGGAUGCCCCACCACACACUUAUCCUCUGCGUGUGGUUUGGUCGCUUCCCGCUCACGCGUGCCACUUACGCGCUGCGCAUCCUUUCACACCUAAUUUCUUAUGCCAAUUCGUGUGUCAACCCCAUCGUUUAUGCUCUGGUCUCCAAGCAUUUCCGCAAAGGUUUCCGAAAAAUCUGCGCGGGCUUGCUGCGCCGUGCCCCGAGGCGAGCUUCCGGCCGAGUGUGCAUCCUGGAGCCUGGGAACCAUAGUGGCAGUAUGCUGGAACAGGAGUCCACAGCCCUGACACAGGCGAACGAGGCAGCUGGGCCCCUUGUCCCAGCACCCACACUUCCUAACUGCACAGCUUCUUAGAAGCCUCUCCAUCCAGCCUGUUAAAGGACAGCUUCUGUACAGUGUGACCUGAGGACACCUGAGAGUUAUGCUUGGAUGUUACAGGGUUACAGCUAAAGACUGAGGAUUAUUCGGGACCUUCUGUUAUUAAACUGCACAGGUUGCUAGAGUGGUGACACUUCAAUCCCAGCACUCGGGAAGUGGGAGCAGGAGCAGGACCAAAGCCAGCCAUCGAGUUUGAGGCCUGCUUAAACUACCUGAGAUCCAGUUUGAACAAGAAUAAAAAAUUUAAAAGG